AUGGCGGUGUGCGCUCGGCUCUGCGGCGUGGGCCCGGCGCGCGGGUGUCGGCGGCGGCAGCAGCGCCGGGGCCCCGCGGAGGCGGCCGUCGCCGACAGCGAGCCGGACACGGACCCCGAGGAGGAGCGCAUCGAGGCGGGCGCGGCCUCGGCCGGGCCGGGGGCCGGCCCCGGCGCGGGCGCGGACACGGACCCCGACGCGGACCCCGGGGCGGAGCGCGUCGAGGCGGGCGCGGCCUCGGCCGGGCCGGGGGUCGGCCCCGCCGCGCCGCCCGCGCGCUGCUCGCUGCUGGAGCUGCCCCCGGAGCUGCUGGUGGAGAUCUUCGCCUCGCUGCCCGGCACCGACCUGCCCAGCCUGGCCCAGGUCUGCACCAAGUUCCGCCGCAUCCUGCACACCGACACCAUCUGGAGACGGCGCUGCCGGGAGGAGUACGGCGCCUGUGAGAGCCCGCGGAGGCUGGAGAGCGCGGGCGUGUCCUGUCGCGACGUCUACACCCAGCUGCUUCACCGGUACAGACACAUCCUGGGGCUGUGGCAGCCGGACAUCGGGCCGUACGGAGGACUGCUGAACGUGGUGGUGGACGGCCUGUUCAUCAUCGGCUGGAUGUACCUGCCGCCACACGACCCUCACGUGGACGACCCCAUGAGGUUCAAGCCUCUGUUCAGAAUCCAUCUGAUGGAGAGGAGGUCCGCCACCGUGGAGUGUAUGUACGGCCACAAAGGGCCUCACAACGGCCAUGUCCAGAUCGGGAAGAAGGACGAGUUCUCCACCAAGUGCAACCAGACGGACCACCACAGGAUGUCGGGCGGGAGGCAGGAGGAAUUCCGGACGUGGCUCAAGGAGGAGUGGGGCCGCACGCUGGAGGACAUUUUCCACGAGCACAUGCAGGAGCUCAUCCUGAUGAAGUUCAUCUACACCAGUCAGUACGACAACUGCCUCACCUACCGCCGGAUCUACCUCCCGCCCAGCCACCCCGACGACCUCAUCAAGCCCGGCCUCUUCAAGGGCACGUACGGCAGCCACGGCCUGGAGCUGGUGAUGGUCAGCUUCCACGGCCAGUACGCCAGGGGCACCAAGAUCACCGGUGACCCCAACAUCCCUGCGGGGCAGCAGACAGUGGAGAUUGACCUGAGGCACCGCAUCCAGCUGCCCGACGCUGAGAACCUGUGCAACUUCAAUGAGCUCUCACGCAUCGUGCUGGAGGUCCACGAGCAGGUGCGGCGGGAGCAGCAGCAAGAGGCUGGUGACAGCCCCGCCCCGCCUCGGGAACAGCCGGCCACCAGGGGACCUGGCGGGGCAGCUGCCCAGGACGGAGCGGCCUCAGCCCCGGCCGGCCAGGGACAGCCUUUUGUGCUGCCUGUGGGCGUGAGCUCGAGGAAUGAGAAAUACCCGCGCACCUGCAGGAUGUGUUUCUACGGCACGGGCCUCAUCGCUGGCCACGGCUUCACCAGCCCCGAGCGCACACCCGGUGUCUUUGUCCUGUUCGACGAGAACCGCUUCGGCUUCCUCUGGCUGGAGCUGAAGUCCUUCAGCCUGUACAGCCGUGUCCAGGCCACGUUCCGGAACGCAGACGCGCCGUCCCCGCAGGCCUUCGAGGAGAUGCUCAAGAACAUCCAGUCCCUCAGCUCCUGACCACCGCGCCGCCCGGGCUGUGUGGCCAGGGCUCGGCAGGCACGCGGGAUGGGGCCUGGGGCCUGCUCCCGGGCGUGCGCCUGCUCACCAGGGGCCGGGUUAUGCGUAGCGGGUAACAUAUUCUUGUACACUCAUGGUAGCCGUGAAGGGGAAUGCUGAGCAUGUCAACAGCAGCAAGGCAAACAAAGCACCCACACAAGCACCCAUGCGAGAGUCAGGACACACGGGAGCCAGAGGAGGCCGUGCGGCGGGGCAGGGGAGUUCACGCGUGAGCUGUGGCGUCUCCUGAGGCGGCGGGAGGUCGACGGCCCCCGGCCAGUCGCCCCGGCCCGAGCGGACGAGAUGCUGCGGCUUCGUAGGUGGAACUUCCCGCGGCCCACUCCUGCUGGAGGCCGGGAGAGGACGCCGUCACCAGUGGGGCGGGGCAGAUGGGGCCCGCGGCGUGAGAAGGGCCUCGGCGGUUGGAGUCGCUGGUGUGCAGGACCCUGGACUGGGUUCCUGCUUCUCUGCUGCUCGCUUGCUGGGUUUGGGGCACGGGCCCCGCCCUCGCCAGUGCAGUGGGGGGGGGCGCGGUCACGCGGCAGUGUCCUCGCACGCGCAGGCCUCUGCCCGUGGCGCGCGGCACCGGCCCUGCUGCUUGCUAGCCCCUGAAGCUGGGUUUUGGUGGCCUAUCAGCUUUUCUUUUAUGGUUAAAUAUGGUUUUUUAAAAACUACUGAAUGUUUAAUGUGUUUUUCGACUCGGUUAUCUUUUUUGGGGGAUUGACAAAAUGUAAAGAUGUUGUACAGAGUGGUUACAGUUACAUAAGG